AACUAGUGUCGACCGGGCCUUCCCGUGGACGCAGAAGGAGCACGUCAGACUGCAUAAAGGGAAUACAUACAUCGGGAGAAACGUCGUAGCUAGAUAUUUGAAACUGUUCAAGACCUGUCGUAGUCGUCCCGAAACUCAAAAUGUACCGGUUGCGGGCGUUGUCGGCGGUAGCGUUGGGGCUGGUGCAGUUGUCACGUCGUUACCAUGGUGAGGCUGUGAGGGGCGGGGCCAGUAAGAGGAGACUGAUGCUAGCAGCUCUGGUGGGUGUGACCGGGGCCUCAGCCAGCGCUGGACUACUCUGGACCAGAGCCUACGCAGACGCCGGGCCUUCCGUCGAGCUCGACGAACAUCCCGAGGCAAAGGAGGCGGGGUUUGUGAAAGUGGCGGAGUCAGAGGCUGAGAGUUCGGUCGAGGCCAGUGACGGAGAGGAGGGCGAGGAGGGAGGAGCGGAUGGUAAGAAGAAGAAACCACGAUCGGGAUUCCGUGACCGCAAGGUGAUGGAGUAUGAGAAUAGGAUUAGAGCCUACUCCACUCCAGACAAGAUCUUCCGUUACUUCGCCACGCUGAAGAUCAUCAGUGAGCAUGGAGAUGCAGAGGUCUACAUGACUCCACAGGACUUUGUCCGUUCCAUCACCCCCAACGAGAAACAGCCAGAGAACCUGGGCCUGGAUCAGUUCCAGGUGAAGCGAUAUGAUGGAAAGAAGAUUUCCCAGGAGAGGGAGAAGUUUGCAGAUGAGGACAGUAUCUUCUUCACACUGGGGGAGUGUGGUCUCAUCUCCUUCUCUGAUUACAUCUUCCUCACUACCGUGCUCUCUACGCCACAGAGGAAUUUUGAGAUCGCCUUCAAGAUGUUUGACCUGAACGGAGACGGAGAGGUGGACCUGGAGGAGUUUGAACAGGUCAACAAACAACUAUAGCAAUACCAUCAUGCA